AUGGCCCCCCUCGAAGGCGCCCGCACCUACACUCCUCCCCCUCCCGAACCCCUCCGUCCCCCGGCCCACCCCACCCCACCCCAGCUCACCCCCCGGUCCUGCGAAUCAAGACCGCACCUCACGGUCUCACCCAGUGCCCAUCCGGCCCGACUCCCCAACCCAACCGCCCCCUCCCACCACUACCGUUACUCCAGACCAUUAAAAACACCCAACCCAUCCGUUCCCAAUCCCCCCUCGCCGCCCCCAGCGCCCCCAGUAUCCCGCACUGCACUACCCUCCCCCCGCACUCCACUCAACCCCCCCCCCCCACAGCUAACCCAACAACGCACCUUCAACCCCGUAAAUCGUCAAAGCCUGGCACCCCAGCUGCUCACCCACCCCAACCCCCACCCCCCCAGCUCCCAAGGCAACCCCGCCCCCAACUCGAAAAAACCCCCCCUUUACACCCCACCCCAACACCGCGGACCCACCCAAGACCCCCCGGACGACACCCCAAACUCUGCCGGACUCUUCCAACCGAGCCACCCCACCUCCCAACAAACAAACACCCGACCAAAACGCAGACCCCCCACCCCCGAACCCACCCACCGGGCAUCCUCCCACACACCCGUGCAACCCCCACCCAUACACCACACACAUUACACCAACCCCACCCCCUCCCAUCCCCGACACCACCCCAUCCAACCCACGAGUCCAUAUCCCCACACCCCCACACCGACCAGCAACACGGGCACCACCACUCCCCGCUCUCUCCAAUCCCCCCCAACACCGACCAUACGACCAGCCCAUAAACACGCAGCCCCCUCCCCAUAG